AUGCCGCCACCAGCCUCUGCAGUAGAUUUCUCCAAUCUGCUGAACCCACAGAGCAAUCCCGUUGAUUUAACGCCUUCCACCCCUGUGGACAGCUCCAAGGGCCCUUCUACCCCGACCAGCGCACAAUCCACCUCCAGCAUGGCCUCAUCCGUGAGCCUACUUCCUCCCCUCAUGAAGGGUGCCCGGCCUGCGACCGAAGAAGUGCGUCAGGAUCUUCCCCGUCCAUACAAAUGUCCUCUCUGCGAUCGCGCCUUCCACCGUCUGGAACAUCAGACCAGGCAUAUUCGCACGCAUACAGGUGAAAAGCCGCACGCCUGUCAAUUCCCCGGCUGCACCAAGCGCUUCAGUCGUUCGGAUGAGCUUACCCGCCAUUCGAGAAUCCACAACAACCCCAACUCGAGGCGCAGCAAUAAGGCUCAACAUCUGGCUGCGGCUGCGGCGGCCGCGGCUGGUCAGGACAAUGGCAUGGCCAGCAACGCGAGCGCUAUGAUGCCUCCUCCCAGCAAGCCAAUGACUCGGUCUGCCCCCGUCUCGCAGGUCGGAUCCCCCGAUAUCUCUCCGCCUCACUCCUUCUCCAGCUACGCCAACCACAUGCGAUCGAACCUGGGUCCUUAUUCGCGCAACAGCGAGCGGGCAUCAUCGGGCAUGGACAUCAAUCUAUUGGCGACGGCUGCGUCGCAGGUUGAACGCGACGAACACUUCAGCUUCCAUGCAGGGCCACGCAGUCACCACUUGUUUAGCUCGCGCCACCACGGAAGUGGCCGCCUUCCAUCCCUGUCUGCUUACGCAAUCACGCACAACAUGAGCCGCUCGCACUCGCAUGAGGAUGACGGCUAUUCGCACCGCGUCAAGCGCUCGAGGCCCAACUCUCCAAACUCAACUGCUCCUUCUUCUCCCACCUUCUCCCACGACUCCCUUUCCCCCACCCCCGAUCACACUCCCCUGGCUACUCCCGCUCACUCGCCGCGGUUGAGACCCCUGGGCUCCAGUGAUCUGCACCUGCCAUCGAUCCGUCAUCUGUCACUUCACCACACACCAGCUCUUGCUCCGAUGGAGCCACAACCGGAGGGUCCCAAUUACUACAGCCCUAGCCAAGGUCAUGUCGGCCCGAGCAUCACGGAUAUUAUGUCCAAACCGGAUGGAACGCAGCGCAAACUGCCAGUCCCCCAGGUGCCGAAAGUCGCCGUUCAGGAUAUGCUGAAUCCCGGUAGUGGGUUUUCCUCGGUGACUUCGUCAACCGCCAAUUCUGUUGCUGGUGGCGAUCUGGCCGAACGUUUCUAG